AUGAGCUCACGCCGUGCGCCUCCGCCAGUGCCCAAGAACGUGCCGGGCGAGGGUCCCUCGUCGCCACGGCCGGUGCCUCCGGCCCGUCCCCGGGUAGUUCCUCGCUCGUCGACCGCCGCAGGUGCUGCUCCUCCGUCACCGCGGCCUGCCGUGGUGCCGCGGUCUUCGACGGUCGACACUACCAGUUCCGGGCCGGAGCUCCCGGCUCGUGGUGCGUCAUCAAAGCCCAAGCCUGCACCGCGCCCGCGCCCCGCUCCGCGUCCGCGGCCAGCCGCUCGUGCACCGCCGCCGCCGCCGGCGUCGCCUCCGCCCGCAGGCGAUGCCCAGCCGCCGCCCACCGACGCCGAUGGUGUCUUGGUCUACCCGGCGCUUCCACCGCCGUACGUCAAGCCGGCGCCUGGAACGCCCGACGCCGAAAACAAGCCGCGCAAGCCGUCGCUCGCGCCGCGGCCCCACAUGCGGCUCUCUAACGUGCUCAAGACAGUCGAGCGCGACGUCCUUGUCCAGCAGUGGCAUGCUUCUGAGGUUGAUGCGCCCGACGGCGCCGGCCUUGCUCGGGCCCGCAUCGCCCAUCUCACAGUCCCGCCCAUCGGUGCCGAGAUUGACCCGCUCAUGGCCAAGUGGCAGGUCUCAUCCAUCUACCUCUCGGGCUGGCUGUGGAAGUCGAACAAGGACGGCAAGCGGUGGAAGCGCAGGUACUUUGUGCUCUCGGCUCCGAUGAUGUCGUACCAUGUCGACGAGUCUUGCAAGACCAAGAAGGGCGACAUCAUCGUCAACAACACCUCGACCGUCGUCGUCGAGCACCCGACCGCCGCUGGUGCCAAGCGCGACAACCUCUUUGCUCUGGCCACUCCGUCGCGGACCUGGCUCUUUGCUGCCGAGUCCCCGCUCGAGCGUGGCCGCUGGCUCGGCGCCCUCUCCGCCAUGGCCCACGGUGUCGAGGCCGAGAUGAAGGUCUCGCUCGCCUCGGGCACGAGCGGCAAGCAGGCCAAGCCGUCCAAGAGCUCCGGGAGCGGUAAGGAGAGCUCGUCAGGCCCCGUUGCUCUGAGCCCGUCUGGCGCGGCCGCGGCCUCGGCUGCUUCCAGCGCUGUUACCAGCGAGCCACCCGUCCUCCGUGCUUCGCCGUUCUCCCCGCUCGUCGCUGCCAUUGUCAACAUCAACCGGAGCAACGUCGCCUCACUCAUCAUCAACUACAACUCGAUCGAGCCGCGGGCGACCACCCGUACCCUACGCGGCUCAGCGCUCGUGGCUGUCACCCCUAUUGGCGCCUCGGGAUCGACCUCGCUCGCCCGCCACCCGCCGCUCAUCCACCAGGUUGUGGCUGUCCAGUCGACGGCGCUGCCGAGCGACGAAGCCGCCUUUACCGAGUCUGCCGACGCGGCCUCGCAGCACUCUCGCUCGCUGCUCAUGGGUCUACAGAACCUCCAGGUCAAGGACUCGGACCACUCGGGCGUGACUGCCAACCUCAAGCUCCGCUAUCUGCUCAUCUUUGACGAUGUUGUUGUCCUCGCGCGCCCUGAUGGAGUCGUUCUCGCCGACGUCGGCGCUCUUGGUCACGCCGCCGUCGCCUCGUCGGAUGCGGCCUUUCUCUCGACCUCGUCGCCAGGCGGCCGCGUCCUCAAGCAGGACCGGAUCAACAUUGUCGUUCUCGGCGCUCGUCGCUCCGGCAAAUCCUCGCUCAUCUCCUCAUUUGCUCUCGGCAAGCCGACCCACGAGCUCCUUGCACCGUCGACGCCGGGCGAGCCGACCCUUGUGCGGACUGUCGAGUUCUCGCGACCGACCACGCUCGCUGGCAUGUCACUCCAAGUCAAGUACGCGUUUCACAUUCUCGAUCCUGAGGCCAUGGAGACAUCAUCGCUUGUUCCGCGCCUCCUCGCCGAGGCCCAUGGCUACGUCCUCGUGUACUCGCUCACCAAGGCCUCGUCGUUCAACGCACUGCCGGGCUUCAAGUCGCAAAUCGAGUCUGCGCUCGCCGCCGCGGCACCGCGCAAGAUGCGUAGCGGCCAGCGCGAGGCGCUCCGCAUUGCCUCGCUCCCGGUUGUCAUCACUGCCACCCGCUCCGACCUCGAGAGCGAGCGCCAGGUCUCGCUUGCGGACGGCCUGUGCGUUUCCAAGACUUGGGGCUGUCCUCUGGUGGAACUCUCAUCAGACUCGGGAAAGAACGUCGACGCCGCACUCGGCAUCAUCCUUCGCUCGGCCUCGCUCUUGGCCGACUCGGUCUAUCCGGGCGUCCUGGCCCAACUCGAUGGUACGCUCGACAUGGUCGACAUCCUCACCCGCGCCAAGCUCCUCACCGUCUUUCAGUCAGCGGCCAAAGUCGAGGCCAUGGUUGACGUGUUCGAGAACACAAACCGGGCCUCGCACCUCGCCUCCAAGAAGCAGUCUGCCAUCGGGACGCUGGCGACCUCACUCGCCGCGUUCUCGCGCGGCCUCGAGGUUCUCUCGUCCGGGGUCCUCGGCCCGUUAGUCUCGGCCGUCGGGCCGAACCCCGAUCUUCAGCCGCUGGCUAUCGCUCUUGCCGAUGCCAACACUCGCGCUACCACCAUUGUCGCCCGCUGGCAGGACUCACUCUCGGCGCUCGCCCGCUUUGUGCCGCUCCCGUGCACCUCGGCCUCGCUCGCCACCGUCGACGUUGUCACCGCAUGCCAGGCGCUCAAGGUCGCCUUCUCUGCCAUGCUCUCACACCUUGACCCCGACUCGGCGCAGGGACUGAUCUCGCUCGACGAGACCUUCCACGCCGUCGACGUCGAGCUCAGCACCGCGCCCGACUCUGUGGUAGCACAGUUCAACGAGCUUGUCGCCGCCACCAAUGACCUGCUCCCGCUCUCGGCGCCUGAUCAAGAGCCGCCGCUCCAGCUUGCCUGCGUCCCGCUCGAACACCUGGCUUCGGUCUCGCAGCUCGCGUCGUCGUUAGCGUCGCUAGCAAUCGUUGACAUGCCCGAGUUUGCUUCCGUCGCCUCGCGCAUCUCGGGCCAGCAUGCCGCCCUUGUCGCAGCAGCGUCGGCUCGCGCACUGUCGUCGGCAGUCGUCACCGACGACGCGCCUGAUGCCGACGCACUCGCCUCAGCCGACCUAGAGUGCGGCUACUCGGACGGCGACGGUGGCAGUGGCGGCGACGGCGAUGGUGGCGACGACCACGGCGCCAACGACGAGUUCAUCUGGUCGAGCGACGUGGUUACUGUGAGUGCGCCGGACAGCCGCGACGAGCACGCCCGGACUGCGCCGUCACGAGUCCGGCCCAAGCCGCCACCGCGCCCGCGCCUCUCAGUCGACGAAGUGCUCGUCAAGCCGAGUGCUACCGCGCCGUCACCGGCGCCGGCGACUGGCUUUUUGCAGGUUGCCCACGCUCGUGGGCGGCGCACCUCGUCGAUCUCCAACUCGGCGUGGGAAGUCCUAGACAUGGUCAUGCCCAAGUCGUUCUCCGACAGUCUCCGCCAAGAAGUCCGCUCUGCCAUCGCAACGGGCCGUGCCGACGCCGCCCGCAUCCGCUACGGUGAGAGCUGCGAGUCGGACGACGAUGACGACGACGACGAGGGCGGCAAGUCCACCCCUCGUGAUGCCCGUCGCUACUCGAGCAACAAUCUUGGCGUCGUCGGCGGUCUCGCCGUCACCAUCGACGCUUGCCUCAGCGAGAUCCAGCGGCUCCACGGAGAGCUUGAGCUUGCUCGUGCCCGGUCAAGAUGA